CUGCCUUUGGGACGAGAAUCAAGGACGUCGAAUUCGGAGAAAGAUGCCUUUUACAAACGAGACGGACAUUCUGUCGAUACCUGCAGUUCUCGCGGCCGAAAAUCAUAACACAAAUGUCCUCGUUACGAUAAUAUUAACGGUCAUUUUGGUGGCAGUGGGAGCGACGGUGGUGUUUAGAAGGGAAGAGCCAAAGAAGGUACCCGAAUUUCAAGAGCCACCAGUUUUGCCUUCCAAGGUACCUUUUAUCGGGCACUUGAUUGGAAUGUUAAGGUGGCAGGUCGGUUACAUGCAGAUGUUAAGGUACGAGCUGUCGUGGAACCAUUCCCUGACAGGGAAUUUUCUCUUUGACGCAACACCACUUACUAAUCGGCUUUCCAGCUCCAAAUGCCCAUCAUGGCCAGCAUUCACACUGAGAAUUGGCGCGGCGCGAAUUUACGUUAUUUGCGAUCCCUCCUUAAUACAAGCUGCCUAUCGAAACGCCAAAACAUUUGAUUUCGGUUCUUUCGUUGUCGAAUCCUCGGAACGACUUUUCCAAAUCAGUGAGCACGGGAUGAAAAUUAUUCGCGGAGAGACAACUCCAGGAUAUGAUCCAAAUGGACCAUUUUUAAAUGGAAAUAAUGGAAAGUCUUUCCUCAACGAGAAUCACAGGAUCAUGGUAGAUACGCUUUCGCCAGGGCCAGCAUUACGUAGUUUGAACAGAGCAGUUUUAGACAGAGUGGCAGGGUCUCUCAAUGAUAUUGAUAGUACUGAGGGGAAGUUUGGAUUAUACAGGUGGAUGAGAGAUAUCAUUACACAUGCCUCAGCCGAAGCAAUUUAUGGGCCCAACAAUCCAUUUUCUGGCAACCCAAAGCUCGUAGAGGAUCUAUGGUAUGUUUUCCCUCGGCGUCGUAUGCGAUAGUACAUUGUGGUCUUGGCCUUGGCCGACGGAAUUAUAGCAGCUAACAUAGCAUAGGCAUUUUGAAGCAGACAUGACACUUCUUAUGCUACAAUUUAUGCCGACAUUUAUUGCGCCAAAAGCAUACCACGCCAGAACGGCUAUUAGAAAUGCAUUCGAAGAAUACUAUGCCAACGGUCACGAUAAAGAGGCCAGUAUACUAAUACAAACACACCUUGCUUCUUGCAAGAAAUGGGGAUUUGGAGAUUCAGACAUCGCAAAUUUCGAGGUCUCGACACUUUUUCUAGCCACCACCAACACAGUCUCCACCUCUUUUUGGCAGCUUUCCUAUAUCUUAUCCGACCCUGAGCUCCUCGAUGCCAUCCGUGCGGAGGUAGAGCCGAUUAUUAAGCGCCAAAAUUCACCCAUAGUGGGUGAAGAAGUAGCAGUGAUGGACAUUACACUUUUCCAAACUCAAUGCCCUCUCCUCGUCUCGACCUUUCACGAAACCUUACGCCUAGUAGGAUCUGCCACAUCAGUACGCUCUGUUGUUGCUCCCGCAAAUUUGAAAGCCAAUUCCAACACUUUCUCCCUCCAAUCCCCCGCAGUAAUACAACUUCCAUCUGGUAUCACACAUUCAUCACCUGCAAUUUGGGGCCCUGACGUCAACUCUUUUAAUCCUACCCGUUUCCUCGCAUCUACCAAAGCAACCUUGGACAAGGAAACGAAGCGCAAGCAAAUUCAAGGAUACUUUCCCUUUGGAGGCGGGAAACAUCUUUGCCCCGGAAGGCAUUUUGCAACGGCGGAAAUAUUAUCAUUUGUCACUGCUUUGGUCACGGGAUUUGAUAUUGAGGGAUCCCAUGUUCCUGAGAGAGCGUUUCAGAAGUUGGGAACUGGGGUGAGAAAACCAAUGGGCGAUGUGGACGUGGGUAUCAAACGACGUGAAGGAUGGGAGGGUGUGAAGUGGUGUUUUGAUCUAGGAGGACAGGAAGUGAACUUCAGCACGCUCGCUGGGGGUAGUGACGAGGUUGAGGAGUAAACGAUUUAUUUUUGAGCUACUGAGGGAGCGACCGUCGAAUAUCUGGAUAAAACAGUAUGAUGACGAAAAGAAGGGAUGGGCAUGAGGAAGGUUUUUUUUUCUUGGAUGACGAACAUAUUGAUACCCAGGUGCGUUUAUAUGGAAGAGAAAUGAGAAUUUGGACAUCUGGGAUGUACAUUGUAUAUUAGAAAAAAGGCUUUUGGAUAAAAGGGCCUUGAGUAUAUAAUUUGAUGGGAAACUCACAGUUCCUUGAUUAUAUCAAGGAUGAUAGUGUACAUAAUUCAAGCUGAAAGGGCAUUAAAAGCAAAAUUCGUAUGUUGGAGCUCGCUUAAGAAUUAUAUAUGAUUUGUUCUAUGUGCG